CUGUCUAAAUAACUGCGUUUUGUGAGGUAUGUCGCAUUCUCAUUUUGCAAUGUUCUAUUCUCCCUUGUUUGAGGUGACUGAUAGCAUUUUCUGGUCAAAUAGAUUUUAGUUGUUACUUGGCAGGCAAACUUCAUUUCGGAUUUAAUUUGACAAAAUUAGGAUUAUUGGUUGGUACCAUAUUACUUAAAGUCGUCGUAACAGCUGUAUGUGCAUACAGACAGUGUUUCAUGGCCUUAGUUAACACUCAAAGUUAACACAAGGCUCACUUAUUAGAAAUUGCCAUUGUGCUUGAUAGUCAAGAGGUAACUAAACAUACAAGGUUCCAUUUCUAGAGGUUCGGACAUACGCGUGUGUUUAAACAAUUUUCUUUCGAAUGAAUUCUGUUAUCACUAUUAGUUCUUUGGGAAUAAAUUGUAUUUAACACAUUAUGGAUGGAAACACUAGUAGUCUCUCCAUCCUAUCAGAUAAAUAUGCUUUCCUAAAUCCGACUGAGGACCAAUUUGUGCACUUAAAAACCUGUCUAGAAACAGAAUUAGAAAAUGGUCAGGGUGAAUGCUUUUUGGAAUUGGGUGUUGGAGAUGCACAAUGUCCUGGUCUCACUCUACAAGAAAUGGAUCAAUGCGUAUGUACAGCCGAUCGACUUGCUGAAUGUUUAUCCUCUCAUUUAAUUCAUUUACGUGAUCGAUGGAUAACAUCUGGAUCUGGAGCAACAGUUUCAACGACAACUGCAAAUACAACAACAACAACAACUACACCAACAAAGCCGUCAACUGUUUCAAAUAAUCAUACCUCACCAAGAGGUAAAAUCAAUAAUGAUGUAAAUAUGAAUGAUGAUCAUGAUGUUGUUGAAAAUCGUCGGUUGAAAAAAGAUAAAGAAGAAAACAGUACAAAGUCGAAGAAUAUUGCGUCUAGUCAACAGUCAUCAAGUGAAGAGGUGAAUACCGCUGCUCCGUCUUCUGUGGUUAGCAGUACUAAUACCGCAACAACAGGUGGUUGUCUAGUUAAAGAAUAUCUCUUGAGGAAGAAAACUGCCUCAGAUGACUUUGUAGAUGUUCGUGUGGCGGUUGUAGGUAAUGUUGAUGCAGGGAAAUCUACACUACUUGGUGUAUUAACACAUGGUGAAUUGGAUAAUGGUCGUGGUUUGGCACGUCUACGUCUACUACGUCAUAAACAUGAAGCUGAAACUGGACGUACUAGUUCAGUGGCACAUGAUAUACUUGGCUUUAAUUCUGUUGGUCAAGUGGUUAAUAAACCAAUGCAUGGUCAUUUAAAUUGGUCUGAGAUAUGCGAAGCUUCAGCUAAAGUGAUCACAUUCAUUGAUCUAGCUGGUCAUGAACGAUACUUAAAGACAACUAUCUUCGGUAUGACUGGACAUGCUCCCGAUUAUGUAAUGUUUAUGGUUGGUGCAAAUGCAGGUGUUAUUGGUAUGGCUAAAGAACACUUGGGUUUAGCACUGGCUCUUUGUGUACCAGUAUUUGUUGUUGUCACAAAAAUUGACAUGUGUCCACCGAAUGUACUACACGAGACAAUGAAUUUAUUAUUUCGUAUAUUGAAAUCACCUGGUUGUAGAAAGAUACCAGCGUUGAUAUCUUCAACUGAUGACGUGAUUUGUUGUGCAACAAAUUUCACCUCAGAACGUAUGUGUCCAAUAUUCCCUGUUUCAAAUGUCAAUGGAACAAAUUUAGACUUAUUGAAAUUAUUUCUCAAUCUCUUACCAUCACGUUCUGAGCCACGAUUGAAUGAACCAGCACAUUUUCAAGUAGAUGAAAUAUUUUCAGUUCAAGGUGUUGGUACAGUGAUAUCUGGCACUUGCCUGUCUGGUGUUAUACGCUUGAAUGAUACCCUAUUACUUGGUCCAGAUUUAUCCGGGCAAUUUAAUCCUGUAUCAAUUAAAAGUAUUCAACGGAAACGUUUAUCAGUGAAUUAUGUUCGUGGUGGUCAGACGGCGUCGUUUGCUUUGAAGAAGUUACGACGUAAUCAAGUCAGAAAGGGUAUGGUGUUAUUGGCUCCAGAAUUGAAACCGAAAGCGUGUAUUGAAUUCAUUGCUGAAGUAUUGAUAUUACAUCAUCCAACUACUAUAUCUGUUGGUUAUCAAGCUAUGGUACACGCUGGUCCUGUACGUCAAACAGCUACUAUAUUAAAGCUGAAUACACAUGAACGUCUGCGUACUGGAGAUAAAGAUAUGGUUGUUUUUCGAUUUAUCAAGUGUCCAGAAUUCUUGUACACAGGUCUACGCUUAAUAUUUCGUGAAGGGAAAACAAAAGCUGUGGGUACGGUCAAAGAACUUGUCCCGUAUACAGCUCCAAUUCAACAAAAUCCACGUACACGAAUAUUCCGAAAGUAUCCUUUCAAAGCAACCCAACCAACCGGUACAACAGAGGAUACAAAAAUUCAGUCUACAGUCAGUAGUAGUAGUGCAUCAACUGCUAAAUCCUCAGAACAGACUAAUUCAACUAAUCAUGAGUUUCCUAGUACUCCAGUAUCUGAUUUAUUGAGUAAUAAUACUUCCUCGUCUUCUCAUGCUUCAAAACAACGUAAACAUCAUCGUACACGUAAAGAGAUAUCGAAUGAUACAACUUCAAGUGGCGGCGGUGGUGGUACUGGUACUCAACAAUCCGCUAAAUCAAAUUAGUAGCAGCACUAGAUUUAGUAGUAGUCACAGCAGCCCUUCUCUCUGCAGUUAUGCAUAUAUUAUAAUGUUCAUCUAUCUUGAAGGAGUAUUCUACACACAAGCCUUCAGUGUAAAACGAUAACUCUUCCACCGCUCGGUUCUUCUUCUUUCUUGAGGCUUUGUAUACUACUAAGCUGGAUGUGUAUGUGUGUGUAGCAGGUUGUGGAUAUCCUCCGCACCCCUCCAACUCCAUUGCAGUUGUUAUGCAUAAACACAUAUAUUUGUUUACUUUUUGAAUUAACUACUUAUAAUCAAUUAAAGUAGUUUAUUUCUGUUCACUUCAAUUGUUGUGUUGAAUCAUUCAGCGAUGUUAACACAUCAACUGCUUUCUUCUUGGUUAGUUCAUUUCGUUUUACUUUUCAUUUCUGUUGGUCUGCUUUAAAUCAUUGUUAAAAUUACCUGGUUAUGUCAUUAUUAAACAUGUGUAUCUUUAUUUUCUUUUGAUACUCGAAAUUUUGUUUUUGUCAUUGUUCUGACUCCUCACAUAACUACUUGGUUUGCUCACAUGUUUCUGUGUGUGUGUCUGUCUGUCUGUCUGUCUGCCGUUUACAUGAGCAUGCACAAUGUUUACAAACAGACUUUUUGUUGUUUCAUCUUUCCCCCUGCCAAGUUAAUAAUAAUUAAUAAUAUUGCCUUUUUGCUGUACCGCGAAAAAGGAAGUUAUAUCUACCGUCACCCCCCCCCCCUUUGUGUGUGUGUAAUUGUUUGUGUACAUAUGUAAAGAAUUGGAAUAUUCUUGCAUUAUAUAUAUAUAUAUAUUUGAGAAAAUAAUAAUAAAUAUACAUAUGAACAUCCUAGAAUGCUUCACGAUCUAUGGAUCUGUGAUAGGAUAUUUGUUUUGUU